UUGUAUUUCAUCGUCCAUUCUUCCCUGCACUUUGAUUUCACCAAGGCGCGUUACUGCUGAACAACGCCGUUGCCGCAAGCAAAUCAAAACACGUUUUGUAAAUAACUCCUUCACAGGAACAAAUCUUGGAAGGAUUAAGUGAUAAUUCCCAAUUAAAAAAUAAAAUACAUCGCUUGAAAGGGCUAGAGCUUUUAACACAAUGCAGACUAUACGCGAAUUUACUAGAAAAACCAAAAGAGGGAACAUCCUUAAGAUUGUACGUGAACAUUAUUUACGCAUCGAUUUGGGCUGUGGCUCUGAUAUAUGCCAUCGCUGCCAGCAAGAUGAAGAUGGUGUACAGCUAAUGAGUGACCGCAUGAACCGGAGCACCUUGUUCGAUUUCCCGCAUUAUGUGGUAUUGGAUACGAAUGUUGUGCUGCAUCAAAUCGAUGUUCUGGAGGAAGAUGCUUUGCGUAACGUUAUUGUACUGUCCACGGUGCUACAAGAGGUCAAACACUGUAGUUCAGUUAUAUACAAACGAUUCCACGAAGUUGUCCAGCACAAGCCACGUGGUUUCUUUGUCUUUGUCAAUGAACAUCACAAGGAUACCUAUGUAGAGAGACAGCCCGGCGAAUCGGCCAAUGAUCGUAAUGAUCGGGCCAUACGAUUUGCCACAUCCUGGUAUGAUGGACACAUCUUGGAUGUACAACAGUCGGCAGUCAAGAAAUCGAAAGGAAAACAAUUGACAAGAGUUGUUUUGAUUACCGAUGACAUUGACAAUAAAGAGAAAGCCGAAAAGGAAGGCAUAUUGGCGGCCACAGCAGAGGAGUACAUUAAAUCCUUGGUCGAUUAUCCCAUGCUAAUUGAUAAAUAUGCCCGUAAGGACAUUGAAAAGGAUCGCGAGACAGAUCCUCUGUUUCCCAUGCAUUUGAGUAUGAAUGAGAUAAUCGAAGGUGUGAGGAAUCAACGUCUCUUGCAGGGAGCAUUUCAGGCAUCAAGGGAAAACUAUUUGGAAGGUUCGGUUAAUGUGGAAGGAUAUGAGAAUCCUAUUCUCAUUCAAGGCCGUGAUUCAUUGAAUCGUGCGGUUGAUGGCGAUUUAGUGGCCAUUGAACUUUUGCCCGAAUCCAAAUGGUCGGCCCCUAGUGAAAUUGUUCUCGAGGAAGCCGACACCAUUGAUGUGGGUGAAGGUGAGACGGACGAGGAGCCGGCUGAAGAUGUUUUGGCAGAUGCUGCAUUGAAAGCCUCGGCUAGCGGAGAAAAAAGACCCACAGCCAAGGUUGUGGGCAUUAUAAGACGUAAACGUCGUCAAUAUUGCGGUAUUCUACAACCAGCCCAAUUACCGGGUGGGACAAAACAUAUUUUUAUACCAGCCGAUCGUAAAAUACCUCGAGUACGCAUUGAAACCAGACAAGCGGAUAAGUUACAAAAUCAACGUAUCAUUGUGGCCAUUGACACAUGGCCACGAUCAUCGCGUUAUCCCCAUGGACAUUUUGUGAGGGCUUUAGGUGCCCUGGGAGAUGUUGAGACUGAAAAUGAGGUUAUUCUUUUGGAACAUGAUGUGCCGCAUAGUAAAUUUUCCGAAGAGGUGCUUAGCUUUUUGCCCCAAAUGCCUUGGACCAUUACACCGGAGGACUAUGCCGCCCGUGUUGAUCUCAGGGACUUGGAUAUAUGUUCUGUCGAUCCUCCAGGCUGUACAGAUAUUGAUGAUGCUUUGCACUGUCGAGACUUGCCAAAUGGCAAUUUGGAAGUUGGUGUCCACAUUGCCGAUGUCAGUCAUUUCAUACGUCCCGGCAAUGCCUUGGACAAGGAGGCAGCCAGCCGUGGCACCACCGUUUAUUUGGUGGGCAAACGUAUUGACAUGGUGCCAGAUUUGCUGAGUUCAAAUCUAUGUUCGUUGCGUGGUGGUGUGGAACGUUUUGCCUUCUCAUGUAUUUGGGAAAUGGAUCAUGAGGCCAAUGUUAUCAGCAAGAAAUUCCAUAAAUCUGUUAUAAAAUCCAAAUCCGCAAUGACCUAUGAAAUGGCCCAAAUUAUCAUAGACGAUAAGACACAGAAUCACAACAUUGCCAAAUCUUUGCGUAAUUUGAAUAAAUUGGCCAAGAUUUUGAAGAAACGUAGAAUGGAUAAUGGAGCAUUGGUUUUGGCCUCACCUGAAAUUCGUUUCCAGGUAGACAGCGAAACCCAUGAACCUCUGGAAGUUGAGGCAAAACAACUGCGUGACACCAAUUCGAUGGUAGAAGAAUUCAUGUUAUUGGCCAAUGUAACGGUGGCCGAACACAUUGCCCAGGAAUUCCCAGAAUGUGCCAUGUUGCGUAGACAUCCCCGGCCACCGCUGAGCAAUUUUGAGCCAUUGAUCAAGGCUGCGCGUCAUCAAAACUUUGAGAUUUGUUGUGAUUCUGGUUUGGAAUUUUCCAAAUCGUUGGAUACAUGUGUUAAGCCCGAUAAUCCCUAUUUCAAUACCAUGAUACGUAUUUUGGCAACAAGGUGUAUGAUGCAGGCCUUGUAUUUUAUUAGUGGUACCCUGCAAAAGGAUCAAUUUGAACAUUAUGGUUUGGCGGCACCGAUUUAUACGCAUUUCACUUCGCCCAUUAGAAGAUAUUCCGAUAUAAUUGUCCAUCGCUUGCUGGCCGCUUCCAUAGGUGCGGACAGUACCUAUGCUGCAUUGCUGGACAAAAAUGCCAAUGCCGAAUUGUGUCACAAUUUAAAUUAUCGCCAUAAAAUGGCUCAAUAUGCCGGUAGAGCCUCAGUGGCCCUAAACACUCAUUUAUUCUUUAAAGGAAAGGUUCAGGAUGAAGAAGGUUACAUUUUAUUUGUACGCAAAAAUGCCCUGCAAAUUCUUAUACCCAAAUUCGGUUUGGAGGGUACAAUUUAUUUGAAUGCCCUAAAGGAUGAUCAAAAGAAAUCGAAUAAUGGCGUUGUAUUUACAUUCAAUGAAGAGGAUUAUACCCAACGUUGUGGUGACAUUAUCUUUCAUGCCUUUGAUCCGGUUACGGUACGCCUGAGCUUGGACUCCAGUAAUAUUCAACAUGAAAAAUUAGUUUUUCAAUUGGUUAAACCUUAUAUAAAAGGUUUUAGCAUUGAAAUUGAUGACAAUGCUGCUGGUGGUGGUGGUGCUGCUGCUAGCGCUGCUGCAAUAAAAUCGAACGAUGUUGAAAUGACCCCAAUAGCUCCACCACAAAAGAAAAUUAAAAAAUCCAAACAAAAUAAAAAUAAUAAAUAACCCAUUAAAUUGGUAAAUAAUUUACAAAAAACAACAACAACA